AUGGCCCACCUUCAAGUCCCUGCCAAUACUAUCCACAGACCUGCAUCAAUCAAUUCCGAGCGGACGUUGACAAACACGAGCGGCGCCUUCUAUCCAAACGACUGCGCGCCUGAAGACUACGGCGGCUUGCGCAGUAGGUCUCAAUCUCCAUCUAACGACUGCCCCCCCACUGGUCUCUUCACAUCUCCCCUUUCCCGUUUGAACAGCAAGUUAAAGCCUCCAUCCUCCGAAACAGAGGGAAUUUCCGUUGUUCCCCAUUCCAACGCAGCCGUCCCAAGUCAUAAUGUUGUGACUCCGGGCGUCAGAGGAGCGCCGACGCAUGUUGCCACUCCGCUUACCUACAUUCAGGACCAAGGUUAUGCUAUACUAGCCACUUCCCCAGAGCAAUUCUCCUCCUGGAGAUACAACGAUCGAACACAGAUACCCGAAAGCGAUAAGGACCGUCCCACUGAACUAGCCACAAUUCCGGCCAUGCAAUUCUCCUUCGUACGCCAGUUGGUCAAACCUCCGUGGGUUGCGAAGGAGCACCCAGGAGGCCAGCUAUACUUUACCAAGUGUACAGAUGACGGUAUUCGGAUAUUCACGGACAACUGUUUGGAGGACAUCAACACACUGGCGAAAAUUGACGCUUGUGCCAAGCAGUUGAUAUAUCGCAUCAACGAAUGGAGGGGCACCUCCCGUGGGCCAGCUGAAGUACUCGAAGAUAUUGAGCUUGUGCUGGACGUUAGAGAGGUCGAUGGUGAAACGGAGUGGAGUUACUAUCUCGCUAGCCUGACGAAGUGUUCCAUCUUCUGGUUGGACGAAGUAAAUGUGGAUGAUCUAUCUCAAGGCUUACGCUUUGUUUUCAAUUUAAGUGAUCUCAGGGACCACCACGUCAAUCAAGCGAACCAAUUACUCAAUUACACCGCCUUCGAUUCAAAAACGUCUGCGACAUCAACUGCUGCUCUAAGCUACGAAUAUCUCACAGCGAUGUCUGAUUGUGUCAAGAAUGCCACAGUAUGUGGCCUGGUGAUCAUUGAAGGCGUGGUCAUUAACUAUUUUCAAGAUUGGGAAAAGUUUCUCAACUAUCAUGGGCAGCCUGAAGCACGCUUAGACCAAGACAGAAGCGUUAUGCAAAGCACUAAACGUGAACGCACCUGGAGGUUCUUGAUACUCUCAGCUCUGCUUUUCUUCAUGCCGGAUGAUUAUUUGGAUAAGCUGCAAAAGCUCUGGAUUGAUAAGACAAUCAACCACGUUUCAUGGCAGCGAUUUAUAUCAGAAAUGCAAAAGGACUGGGAGAACUCCAUUACUCCUGCCACAGUACUAUUAACUGCAAACGUGGGAUUAUUGGCUAUACAGAGUAUUGAUACGGGGCAUCCGGCACGCAGCGUCGCGCAGAUUGCCAGCUAUAUAUCCACGUACUUGAGCUUAGGGAAUAUUCUCCUCUGUACCGUUCUGUCGAAGCAACAUCGGAACGGCUUACGAGAAUCUGUCCAGGAAGCCGCGGAGUAUUUCGACAGGAGAUCUAGAGUGAUGGCGGGGCUAGCCCACCUAGCAAUUAUCUUCAGCCUUCCAGAUGCGCUUUUCAUGUGGGGGUAA